GCUGCGGGCGACGUGUCGUGCACCGGUUGGUGCCAUCUGUGCAUCCCACGUCACCGCCAAGCGGGGUUGCGGCGUGCUUGCCCGAAUCGCACCCGUUAAGGGUUAGUACAAGAUAACGGGUCCAUAUCUCUCGACCCGAAGACUCACUCUCGACCGCCCUUUCGCCCGAUCUCCCGUUCUCUCGCCGGCGAUGACGCCGCCGCCGCCGGCGACCUCGGCGGGGCGAAAGUCUCCUUCCGUCGUGCUACUCCUCUACGUAGCAUUCGCUUUCCUCCUGCUCAUCCUCCUCGCCUCCUACUCCCCCCGCCUUCAACACAACGGUCGCAGCCACCACCGCCGCCUCAAGCUCGACCCGAAGAGCUCCCCAUCCUCCUCCGGCGCCGCUUCCGGUGGGAACGGUGGGCAGAAACAGCAUCACCACGCCUUCGACCCGGCCAUCGCCGAGCUGGAGCGGCGGCUGAAUGACAAGGAGUGGGAGCACGAGCACUACCGCCUCCUCCACGGCGACGGCGAGGCGGACGAGCACAUGAAGGAGUGGGAGGAGGACUUCAUCAAUCACGAUGAGCUCUUCAACCUCGCCGACCGCAUCAGCUCGCUCUUCCCCAAGAUCGACAUCGCCCCGCAUGACGGCUUCGUCUCCCUCGACGAGCUCAGAAGGUGGAACCUCGAGCAGGCCAGGGCCGAUCAGCUCCACCGCUCCGCUAGGGAGCUGGAACUCUAUGACAAGAACGGCGACGGGAUCAUCUCCUUCGGGGCCUUCAAGUCGCUACACCAAGAGUCACAUGGAGAGGGUAAUUCGCUGGGGUUCCCUUGGUGGAAGGAGGAGCAUUUCAAUGCUUCAGAUGCAAACGGCGAUGGUUUCCUGGAUAAAGCUGAGUUUAAUGAUUUCCUUAAUCCAAGCGAUUCGGAUAAUCCCAAAAUCAUCAAUUUGCUCUGCAAACAAGAAAUAAGGCAGAGGGAUAAAGAUGGUGAUGGAAAGCUAAACUUUGAAGAAUACUCUAAUGGGCUGCAUGACCAUAUACAUGGUUAUGAUGACGAGAAUGCAGAUAUCUCCCAUAUUGGGAACAUAACAGUUGCAAAGCAGCGGUUUUCCAAACUCGACAAAGAUAAUGAUGGGUUUAUUUCGGAACAUGAACUAGAACCUGUUCUUGAUAAGCUCUAUCUUUCUGAACGCUAUUAUGCUAGAGAGCAAGCUACCCAUGCUAUUUCAGAGGCAGACAAAGAUCAUGAUGGGAAGCUAGCAUUGGAAGAGAUGAUUGAGAACCCCUAUGCAUUUUACGGCAGUGUUUACCUUAGUGAGGACGAAGACUAUUUCCACGACGAAUUCCGCUGAGAUAUCUGCAGACGACUUGUACGCUUCUCUUUCUGACUUUAAUCCAAAAUUGCUUUCCAUCAAAUUCUUAUAGAACUAUUCUGCCCAUAUCUGCUCUCGUGUCGUGUACACCAUGACUAAGGUUACCAUCUCCGCAGAACGUUGAAUACAAGACAUUCUCAUCACGGUGAGCACAACGGUUUGAAAUUGUCUGCGUGUCUGAAUUCUGUAAUGCGCUGCUAAUGGCAUGUAGAGCUUAGAGUGACUGUCAUAUAAGAGCUUUAAGUCCUUUCGGUUGAAUGAAAUAUGUUACAUGUCAAGUUGCUCAGCUUUGUUUAAGACUGAGGUGACAUUGUCUCCAUCUUGUAAAAAUGCAUGUAGUCCAGGAGAACAAUGAGUGGAAUGUCAUCUCGGCGACGAUCGAAUCGAGAGCUGACAUGCAUCAUGUUGUUUCGUGUCUGUGAAAUAUAUGCUGGAUUGAAUUA